GCCCGGUCCUCACCUAGUUCGUUAAUUCCAACUGGUUUGUUAUUUAACAUAUGAUUUGAGUGACGCUCCAACAAGGACUUUCUCUUAGACUUUUAUUCAGUACAUAAAACCGCGACAAUCGAAGUACCCGCGAUGUGCCCAAUAAUGCGUGAUGUUGACGAAAUUUACGCAAAAGAUAAACGAAUCAAACGCGAAGAUGUGCGAAUUUUGAAAGAGUGGUUACAGAAGCAGGAACAUCUACCACAAUUAACAGAAUCACAAAUAAUCAUAUUUCUUCAUAGUUGCUUCUACAGCAUCGAACAAACUAAAACCAACAUUGAUCAUUUUUGCUCGAGACGUAGUCUGUACCAUUAUUGCUUCAGACACUUAGACGAAGAGGAACUGCGGACGAAUUCUUCGGUUGCCUUUAUCGGUGUCCUUCCCAAGCCUACUCCUCAAGGGUACGCUAUCCUUCUGUCAAAAUUGGUUGAUCUUGCACCAGAAAAGUACGAUUUUGCUAAAUUGACAAGAAUGCUGGAUAUGGUUGCCUCGCUGUAUGUCAACGAGCAUGCUCCUCUUGAGGGCGUCGUGAUAGUUUAUGACACGAAAGGCUGCAGUCUUGGUCAUGUGACUAGAUUAAAUUUCGAUGUUAUGAAACAUUCGACAGACCAACUACGGGAUGGUACACCGGUCAGAAUCAAAGGAAUCCACUUCAUCAACGCCAUGCCUGUGGUAGACAAACUCGUGGGUUUAGUGAAGCCAUUCCUUAACGACGAACUUUACAGUCUAAUGAAUGUCCAUUCUUCACUAAACACGUUUUACAAAUACGUGCCUCAGGAGUGUUUACCUGAAGAAUAUGGGGGAGAUUUGCCUUCGUGUCAGAGUUUACGAGAAGAAAAUCUCAGCCACAUGUUAAACAACUACGCCUUUUUCGAAUGGCACGAUUCUCUCUUAGUCGAUGAAUCCAGAAGGCUGAAGAAAUCGACCAGUUUCGGGAUUGAUGGAACCUUCAAGACGCUGGAAAUUGAUUGAGUCGACGUUUAACUUGUUAUACUGAGAUGUGUAAAACCCUAUUGUUAAACACCAAUAAAUUUAUUUCUAUUACGUA